GGUUGCAGCAUUCGAGUGGAGGCAGCUGGCUGGGCGGUGGACGGAGGCUCAGGUCGCUGCUCUCAGCUGCUUCCGGGAGCUGAUGGAGCGGCAGAAGGCGGCUGUUGGUUGCUGCGGCCAGGCCGGGCCGAGCGGUGAGUGAGAGUCCGCGGACUCGAGCUGCGGACGCCAUGUGUCGGCCUUACUGAAGAAACAAAAGGUGACAAUGGAGAUCAGUGGUCUCCCACUAGAGUUGUGGCGCCUGAUUCUGGCUUAUUUACCUCUCCCAGACCUGGGUCGCUGCUGUGUGGUGUGCAGAGCCUGGUACGAACUGAUUAUCAGCCUGGAUAAUACCCGAUGGAGACAACUGUGUCUUGGAUGUAGUGAGUGCAAACACCCAAAUUGGCCUAAUCAGCCUGAUGUUGAGCCCCAUUCCUGGCGGGAGGCUUUUAAACAACACCAUUUAACUUCAAAAAUCUGGACCAGAAAUGCCCAGGAUCUGGAAUCCUCAAACUGCUUGUAUUUAUUUAGGCGGAAGAAGGAUAGAAAAACUAUAUUUGUUGGCCCAACAAGUGAACAUGUAAAUCUCAGGAGUGCCUUAGCAGUUGCCAAUGUGUAUGAUAAGAUUAUUAUUUCCCCUGGAGUAUAUGAAGAACAGAAUGAGGUGACGUUAAAGGUCCCAGUGGAAAUAAUUGGACAUGGAAAACUAGGGGAUGUGGCACUUCUCAUUAGUUUUGACCAACACUGUCCAACAGCACGGCUAUGCAAUCUGGUCCUCAUGCCUGCAUGGUUCACACCUGUUGUGUACAAGACGUUGUCCGGCCACGUCCAGUUUGAUAACUGCAAUGUAGAAAAUGGGCAGCUGCAGAUCCAUGCACCUGGAACCUGUCAAGUGAAGUUUUGUACUUUCAGCCAGUCUAGCAUCAAUUUCCAUAAUGUAGCUCUCAGCAUAAUUGAAAAUUGUGAGUUUAUUGGGAGUGAGAGUACAUCGGUGACUGUGGAGGGCCCUGGUCUGACUGACAGAAACUGGGCCUGCAAACACCUAGCGGUGGCUGCCAAAUCCAACUCUGUUUUGAACGUGCCAGGCCAAGCACUUUCAAAUGCUUGUAGCUCUGAAAAUUAUUGUCAGCAUUCAUCGAGCACCUUUAGAACAUUUGAAUUGAACGAAAAUGUGACUGAUACACGCCAGGCUUCGGCCUCCAUACAAAAUUUCCACAUAUCCUGUGAGAGAGAUGGUCAGUGUAACGGAGAAGGAUUCAUUACGAAACGGAACCCUUGUAAGGGGGAGGUCAUUACCUUGGAGACGGAUUACAGUGACAGUGAAAUGAGCACGUGUAGCGAGAAUGAAGAUGAUGAGCAGUCUGUGUAUAAACUGUCUUACCAGUCUCAUGGCCUGAGUCGCUUGUUGGCGAGGACCAAUCCAUUUAGAUCUCAGAAGAAGGGAACUGACCUUCUGCAAAUGGACUUGGAGUUAAAAACUCUCCAAAAGGAGCUGCAAAAGGAUAAAGAUGCUCAGAUUCUUGCCAGCACUCUUCAGGGCUGCUUAAUCCGGAAGUGCCUGUUUCGGGAUGGAAAGGGCGGUGUAUUUGUUUGCAGUCAAGGCCAAGCUAGACUGGAAUGCAAUAUCUUCAGAAAUCUGAGCUACGCUGUGCGAUGUAUCCAAAAUGCCAAGAUUAUAAUGAUAAAGAAUGAAAUUAGUCAGUGCAAAGCAUCAGGAAUCUUUUUACGACUGGCAGCAGGUGGUCUAAUCGCGGACAACAACAUCCACUCCAACUCAGAGGCUGGUAUUGAUAUCCGGAAGGGAGCCAACCCUUUGAUACUGUGUAACCAGAUACACAGUGGCCAUCGCUCAGGGAUUGUUGUGCUCGGAAAUGGAAAAGGCAUCAUUCGCAGUAAUCGAAUCUAUGGAAAUAAAGAAGCUGGCAUCUACAUUUUAUAUAAUGGAAACCCAGUGGUGUGUGGGAAUCACAUAUAUCAAGGACUUGCCGCAGGUGUUGCAGUGAAUGAAAAUGGAAGGGGCCAAAUAUUAGAAAAUAUUAUACGUGAAAAUCAUUGGGGAGGUGCAGAUAUUCGGCGAGGAGGAGAUCCUAUUCUGAGAAAGAAUCUCAUCUGUUACGGUUAUUCGGAUGGAGUUGUCGUGGGUGAACGAGGGAAAGGGUUAAUAGAAGGAAAUACCAUAUAUGGUAACAAGGGUUGUGGGGUAUGGGUCAUGUCCUCUAGUCUACCCCACAUUGCCAAUAAUCAGAUCAGCCGCAACAAUAUCUAUGGAGUGGCUGUCUUCUGUCGUAAAGAUGACGCAAAUGACUACCUCAACAACCAAAGAGGCAAUGAGAAUUUCAAUGAUGAAGGGGAGAUCAUCAAUUGGGAAAAUGACUUUGACAGUGACGAGGAGAGAUACACAUCGCACAAGCCAAUCACCGUGGCACUGAUUGAGUUUAACAACAUCAAUCACAAUGGCGCUGCUGGACUGUACAUAAAGAGCAGUGAGACACUCAACAUAAUAGCCAACGCAGUCCAUGCCAAUCAUGACAAUGGGAUUGCAGUUUAUCAGAGCAGUCAAUUUACCCACAUCACAAACAACAGCAUCACCUGCAACAGUGUAGGUGGAGUUCUUGUAGAAGCAGGAUGCAAAGUUGAACUUCGGGGGAAUGGUAUCUAUGACAACAGCAGCCAUGGUGUCACCUCAAAGGGAGAAGGGACUGUCUUGGAGAAUGACAUCCUGGGAAAUCACGGAUGUGGUCUGCAGCUUCUCGAGAAUGCAGAUAUGAAGGUGACAAAAAACAGAAUCCAAUCUCUUCACGACUAUGGGAUUGCAAUCUUGGACCAAGCUAAGGGAGCAGUGCAAGAAAAUCAAAUCUUCCAAGGAAAAGUAGGGAAGACCAUUUUAGAAAAAACGGAAAACCCAGAAAGAUGUACUGUGCAGAGUAAUGAAAUUUUAGCCUGCAGCAAAAACUCUUGCAGAUCUGGCAUAGCCUGGAAACUGGACAAUCCUCCAGCAAGGCCACUUGUCGAUGGAUCAAGUCGAGCCACCUCCAUGGUUCAGACUCGUCAAAGAGUUGCAUCCAUGACAACUCGAAUAGCUGCAAGGGUCGAAGGGGGCUGCCAUGAUAAUGGCAGCAUUUUCUGUUCCAUACUUUAAUGAAUUAAAAUCAGCAUUGGUACAGAAUGUGCCACUAAAACAAUUUAAUGUCUCAAUUCCUGUAUGAAAUGUGUUUUCAGUAACAGAAAAGAAACUUGGGGCAUGCCUUUUGUUAAUUCACUUCCUUACAGGUUAUCUUCGAACAUAAUAUAAUCAAACAAAUGCCACAGUUGUUGGCAACCUCCAUUUGGAGUUUAAUAACAUGGUGCAACCCUCUAAUAGAAGCGUAGACCUGCUUAUUAAAGUUCCUAGUUUCGUACUACAGUCUGCAUUAUUAACAGCUGCCAAUCUUAUCCAUGUAUUUUUACUCCAAGCUGCAAUGUAAUAAGGGACAACUUUUAUUUUUAUUUUUUGUAUCCAUGCAAAUCUGAACCUGAAUGUUUUCUGAGCUGACAUCUACACAGAAGUAAGGUUUCUCCUAGCACUUCAAAGAGUGAUAGUUAUGAAUGGAAUUUCACCUAUUUGAGAAGCUACAGUGUAUUUCAUUUUCCUUGUGGACCAGUAAUGAGUUCCUCCUAAAGCUUUAUCUUCAAGAGUAAAAGAACAUUUCGCAU